CAGACAGGUACAGACAGACAGGUACAGACAGACAGACGAUAUAAAAGUAAGCGGGGCUGACACGCUGAUGUAGUUUGAGUGGAGGGACUCACACACAGUGUCUCACACACACACACAGUGUCUCACACACACACACAGUGUCACACACACACACACACACACACACACACACACACACACACACACACACACACACUCCACGCGUGCAGCCUGGAAACCGACCAAACUUCAGACUUCAGCUCAAAACAACCUGAACUUUAAAUUCCUCUCGGUCCACAUGGAGCGUGUUUGGAGCAUGAACCGUUUCCAGUCGGGCUGCAGUGACUAAAACCACAAACACAACGUGAUCCGGAUCCGAGGCAGCUGCAACUUUUUGUUUAGAUUUUUCAUCUUGCUGGAAACUUUCAGCCUGCGGGGACAAACAGCAGAGGACAUGCCGGAGUUUGUGGCUUUGUUGGCCGCAUUUGCAAUGCUCUCUGUCGGGUUAAGGAGCUCCGUGGUCGCGGUGGUGGAGAGGACGGCGGCGGCUGCGGUGAACAGCUCCGCGGUGGCCAGAGUGGAGAGCUCCGAGGAAAGGGACCGAGAAGCGGGGCGAGCUGGCUGCCCUAGCCGCUGCCGGUGCGAGGUGGACGGGCUGCUGCACCGGGUGGACUGCUCAGACCUGGGGCUCCGGGAGAUACCGAGCAACCUGAGCGUGUUUACAUCUUACCUUGAUCUCAGCAUGAAUAAUCUGACUGUGUUGUCCAGUGGAGUUUUGUCCAACCUGCACUUCCUGGAGGAGCUGCGUUUGGCGGGAAACGAUCUGUCAUUCAUCCCCAGAGGAGCGUUCACCGGCCUCUACAACCUCAAAGUGCUGAUGCUUCAGAACAACCAGAUGAAGUCAGUCCCUGCUGAGGCCUUCAACAACCUGCACAACCUGCAGUCACUCCGCCUGGACGCCAAUCACAUCUCCAGCGUUCCCAUUGGCUGUUUCUCGGGCCUACGCUCGCUGCGUCACCUUUGGUUGGACGAUAACUCUCUGACGGAGGUGCCGGUGGAGGCUCUGAGCGAGUUGUCCGGCCUGCAGGCCAUGACGCUCGCCCUGAACCACAUCAGCCACGUCCCAGAUCACGCCUUCAGCAAGUUGGGCCGCCUGGUGGUUCUGCAUCUCAACAACAAUAGGAUCGUUUCCAUGGGAACGAACUGCUUCCACGGACUCCACAGUUUGGAGACACUACCAGACCAAGACCAGACCGAGACCGAGACCAAGGCCGAGACCAAGACCAGACUAGACCAGACCAAGACCGAGACAGAGACCAGACCAGACCAGACCGAGACCGAGACCAAGGCCGAGACCAAGACCAGACUAGACCAGACCAAGACCGAGACAGAGACCAGACCAGACCAGACCAAGACCAAGGCCGAGGCCGAGACCAGACCAAGACUGAGACCAGACCAAGACCGAGACCAAGAACAAUAA